AUGCUCAUUGUCAUUGAUUGCACCAACUCUGUUGAGGAAAUGCCUGUUACAAAGAAACCUCACAUAGAUAACUGGGAGGAGUACAACACCAAGGAUGGACCUGUGAACUUGCCACCUGCAUUAGUCAGGAUUCUCUGCAAUGAGAGUAUGUUCAAACCUGUACCACAUGAUGAAUUCAAGCAUCAACUGGACAAUGUGCAA